AAUAAACAUUUCCUCUGUGAUAAGCCAGCGCAGUCAGCUGAAAAAUUGUAAUUUUUGUGAAUGCGUAGUAUUUAUUUAUAAAUCAGCCAGCUGUAGCUAUACAAGAUGGCAACAGGAGUACCACCUCGAGAUGAAGACAGGACGCUUACGCGUAUGGAUCUUGAAGCACUUCAAGAUGCAAUGAAGAGCAAGAAGUUUCGAGAUAUGUUCAAUGAGUACGUCGAGGAAGUACGUGACCCGGCGAAUCAAGCUCUCUAUCAGAAAGAAAUGACCCAACUUGAGAAGGAACGGGGUUAUGAUGUGACUUUCAUCAAUCCUAAGGGAGGCUAUGUUAUAAAAACAAGCGUUGCGGGUGACAGGAAGGCAUUUAUAAACAUUUGCAGUAACGACAACAUUGGCAAGCCAUCUUGCAACGUCCAGGAGGUGAACGGGGAGCGAGGUAUGAACUGGCAAAUACCGUAUACCAUGGUUCCUCCACGGGAAGACUACACUAAUAAAAACGUAAGGUGUGUCAUAUAUGACGUUGUUUUCCAUCCCGACACUCUGCGGAUGGCUGAGGUUAACAAACGUUUCAGGGAGCUAGUAAACAAAACCGCUUUUGAAGGCUUGAAAAAAACUUAUGAUAUUCACUUGGAUAACAAUAAUUGCCGGUUUCCAAAGUCGUACUAUAAAGGUAUGGCUGUACCUUCUGUCAUAAGGACUGAAGAUCCUGACUAUAAACCUCCAACAGAUGAGGAAGAUACAGGUUUGUCACCAGAAAUGAUGGAAAAGUUAUAUCCUCAACGUUCAUAUCCUCAGAGUUCUGCACCCAGCUCCGAACCAUCCUGUAAAACCCAAUCUGCAGCCCCAACAGAAACAAAACCCCAACCAUCUCAACAAAAGAGAAAAAUAAGAAGAGGACCAGCUGAAUUUACUCAUACUACUGAUAAUGGAUACACUAUACCAAAAUAUGUAAUUAAACAACAAAAAAAUGUUGAUUUUCAAGACUUCACUUAUGAAAAAGACUGCAAGCAAUAUUCAGCUAUUCCAUGCCAAAUAGUCGUGGAAAUAAAUCUUCCCUUACUAUCAUCUACAAAAGAUUGCACUCUAGAUGUGCAGGAGAAGCAUUUGGCCUUGAAAUCUGAGAAGCCUGCCAAAUACAAGCUUAAUAUUUCUCUCCCUUAUUCUGUAAAUGAUGAAUGUGGAAGUGCUAAAUUCGACAAAACUAGGCAUACACUUAUUGUUACUUUGCCAGUAAUCAGAAAACAUAUGUCCAGUGCAAAUACCAGUUCUUUAAAAGUUGACAGUGGUGUUGAGAGUGAAGAAAACUCUGGUUCUCAAAGUGAAGAGGAGAAUAGUAAAGAAAACUUGGUUGUAGAGCUGUCAUCCACACCUGCAGAACCAGCUGUUGAAGUUCCUCAGGUGUCUAGUCCUAGAAAAGAGUCAUUCUUUAAUCCAUCUCAUGGUUACAUCCUGCCCUCCUACACACAUAAUGCUUUAGAUGACAUUAUAGCUUUUACGUUCCAUAUUAAAAAUACAGAACCUGAUUCAGUAAAAGUAAAAAAAGAAGAAAAUAAGAUACUGAUUAAGUUCACCUCAAUUGGCUCAGGAUUUGUGCCUGUUCACUAUGGAGCUAUUAUAAAAUUUGAUGAAUGUGUUAACUUUGACAAUGUGACUGGUGAAGCUUGGGAUAACAAUGUGAUACUUCAAAUGGAACUUGCUGGUCAAGUACCCCAAAAAUUCCACAUUGGUUUGUGUGAAGAUUCUAUGAUAACUGAAUAUUUUGAAGUGUCCCAAGUGAAGAAGACAUUGAAAGUGGAUUCUGAAGAUUCACUAACACCUCAUGAAGAUGUCCCAUCGCCAGUAGUUGAAGUUACUAAUUUGGGCACAGAAACAAACAUAGUUGUAUCAUCAACAACAUCUGAACUUGAUGAGGAUGAUGAUGAUAUUGAUUCCCCUACAACUGGUGAGGAAAUAGUCUGGACAGGUCCUAGUCCAGCUGAAAAUGGAGCCAAGAGUAUACUACGUAACCCCAUGACCACAAUGAGGAGUUUUUCCGAAUCCAGUGUUGGAGAUGUAGCAUCAUCCAUGGACUACAUUAGCUCUGACUGUAUUCCAGAAGAGUCAAGUUUCAAAAAGACUGUUAGGUUUAGUGAUGUCAUUGCAAAGCAAUUUUAUAGACACAAUUCUUCAAUUGAAGGUCAGAAAAAGAAGAAUCAACGUAAAAAAAGUAAAAAACGCAGUCAAGAGCGUCGUAAGAGCGAAAGCGAAGCUGAAGACGAUUUAUCUACCUUAAUAAAGUCUACAAAGCCAAAGUUGAAAUCGGUUUUGAAACAGCGUCGUGACAGCGGCUUGGCAGACACUUCUGACGCAGAAGCAGAUUGCAGAAACACCCCAGUGGACUAUGAGCCGACAUUUUAUUCAAGAGAAGAUGAAGGAGAGAAUGUUGAACAUUCAAAACCAACAAAUGACAUGACUGAAAAUAAUGAUACCAGUGAGAAAUCUGUGUUUAACAUUGUUGACAAUGGAAACAUUAAAGGUAAUGAUGAACCUCCCAUUUGGGAAUCUGAAGCCUCAGAAAACAAACAACCCAAAGCACCAGAGAAAACUGAGAGCAUCACCUGCGAAAAUAUUAAACAUAACACAGAGUUCUAUGACCCUGACAAACUGAACAAGGGACAAUAUCUAGAGGUAACAUUUAAAAAUGAUCUCAUAUUUGACUUGGACAUGUGAGAUUUGCCAUCUUUAUUAAUAAGUUCUCUGAAUUGGGGUAACUACUUAGCAUGUUAUUAUAAUUAGCUGUAGAACCACCAGUGGAGUUUUGUUGAUUAUUUUAAGUAUGAGUAGUUUAGAGUUAUAUUGAUUUCUUUAAAAGUCUAACAAUUAAAUUAUGUUCCUUUAUUAUUAUAAUUAUGUAUGACUUACUAUUGGUAGAACUUGCUAUGUUUAUGGCAAUAGUUUAGGUUUCAUAUACUGCAUGACCUGAUAUAUUUAAAAAUCCCAGUUUAAAUUAGUGAUUGUCAAUUAUUAAUUAUUUUAAAUUAAUGAGCAUGGAUGUCAUAUUUACAACCAAGUUAAUGAAUUAUACUAUUGAAAAGUAGUAAAAUAUUGAAUGUGGUCAUAUACAGCUACAAGUAAAAUUUUAUUAGUAUUGUGUACCUUUCUUUAAAAAAAAAAUAACGACGUGCUCAUGUUAGACAAUAUUGUAGUUGAAUUUUCAAUGCAUUUUAAUGGUACAAAUUAGAUUAAGAUAUUGCAUCUGAUUACGAAUUGUAUGAAUACAUGCACCUGGGAUAAUUAAAGUAUAAUUGCACAUUUUUACACGAGUAGAAUGCUAGAUAUACACGCAUGUUUGUUCAAGUUAUUUCGAAAAUAUACCUACCUACUUGUAGAUUUAACGCUGCAAAAGUUAUUGCAAAUAUUUUUAAUUCAGAAUUUUAGAUUAAUAACCAGUGAUCCGAAAUUUUAACACUGAAUUAACAAUAAAGCAAUAGUGCAUUAUCGUAAAAAAAAAGAAACUUGGAAAGAACGUACAAAUGCAGCAAUUUUAAGCAGCAGUAAAUAAUUUAAUGGCUCACACUUAACAGUGCCUUUUGUAUUGGAAAAUAUUAUCAUUUUAGAUUUUUUAUUAUACACAAAUAGUAUAUUAUAGACUGUUGUCAUAAACCGGCAUUUUAGUGAUCAGAAUGUGUGUCGAAGAUGGAUGCAAGUUUGUUUUAUGUGAAGUUAUUAAUCAUGUCUACGAAAAGAUUGUGAUUUGUGAAGGUAUUACACGAAUCUAAAUAAAA